GGAAAUCAACUCAAGAAGAUGAAGCCUAAUAAAGGGAAUACCUACACUAGGGAGAGAGACUAUGUGUACGAAUUCAAUGCUGGAAAUCAACAUUUAGUGCUUACAGUGCCUCUCAAAUUCCCUGUGCAAGAGAAUAUUAGUCAUUUGCACGGACGUCUAAUGCUGCUCCACAAUCUGCCGUGCUUUAUAGAAAAUGACCUGAAGCAAUCACUUAAUAAGUUCGUAGAAGAGGAAACUAUAAAAGAUUAUGACAGAGAGGCUGAAAUGGCUCUGGAAGCAGUGAAAUCAGGAAAAGUAGACAUAAAUCGGCUGGCAGAUACUUGGGCUAAAGCUUAUAAAGAGACAACAUUAGAAUAUGCGAAGCCUGAAGAAACCAGCUGGGAUGAAGAUUUUGCGGAUGUUUAUCAUGAUCUAAUACAUUCUCCAGCUUCUGAAAUGCUGUUAAAUCUGGAACACAAUUAUUUUGUUAGUAUCUCAGAAUUAAUAAGUGAAAGAGAUGUGGAAUUGAAAAAACUACGGGAAAGACAAGGAGCAGAAAUGGAUAAGGUGAUGCAGGAGCUAGGGAAAUCGCUAACGGACCAAGAUGUAAAUUCAUUAGCGGCUCAGCAUUUUGAGUCUCAGCAGGAUUUGGAGAACAAAUGGACCAAUGAAUUAAAACAGUCAACUGCUAUCCAGAAGCAGGAAUAUCAGGAAUGGGUCAUAAAGCUUCAUCAGGACCUAAAGAAUCCCAACAAUAGCUCAAUCAGCGAUGAAAUUAAGGUUCAGCCCAGUCAACUGAGAGAAUCUGUAGAAGGAAAUGGAAGAAUUUAUGAAGAGCAAAGGCUGUUAGAAGAAAGUUUUACUAUUCACUUGGGAGCUCAGUUGAAGACCAUGCAUAACUUGCGAUUACUGAGAGCUGAUAUGCUGGAUUUCUGUAAACAUAAGCGCAAUCAUCGAAGUGGAGUAAAGCUUCACAGACUUCAAACUGCGAUGUCUCUCUAUUCAACUUCUCUCUGUGGCCUCGUGUUAUUGGUAGAUAAUCGUAUCAGUUCUUACAGUGGCAUCAAAAGAG